AUGACGGCGUUGGGGAAGAGCGGGGCAGCGUCGGGUUCGAGCGCGCUGACUGCAGCAGCAGCAGCAGCAGCAGUUGCUGCAGUGGUGUGCGCAGUGAGCUACCGGCCGCUGUGCAGGCUGCUGGCGCUGCUGUUUCCCGAAGAACUGUGGGGCCCCGGGGCCGGCCGGGCCCUGGCCGCCCGCCUCAAACCCCACAUCAUCUGGACUUGCCUGCUGUACUUGCCGGCAGUUUAUUUGCUGCGGAAGUUCAUGGCGGGGCGGCCCCCGCUGCUGCUGCGCAGCUUCGCCUUCUGCUGGAACUUGGGCUUGUCAGUGCUGUCUUUUGUGGGGUUUCUGACGGUGGUGCUGCAGCAGCCUGCGCUGCUUGCGGUGUCUGUACACCCCGAGCGCCUCUUCAAGCCCCCCGUCCGCGUCGUCGUCGCCCUCUUCACUUUAACUAAAGCUGUCGAGUUCGGAGACACUUUCAUUUUGGUCUUCAAGAAAAAACCGCUUUCUUUUUUGCACCUUUACCACCACCUCAGCGUGACUCUCUACUGCUGGUCGGCGCAGCAGACCAACGUCGGCUUUGCCCACGGCUUCGUCGUCAUGAACUUGGCCGUCCACGCCCUCAUGUACCUCUACUACUGCAUGACUUGCUGCCUCCCCAGCAGCAGCAGCAGCAGCAGCAGCAGCAGCAGCAGCAGCAGCAGCGGGGGGGGCAGCAGCAGCAGGCAGCAGCUGCAGCCGGCGGGGAAGCCCGCCGCGGCGGCCGCGGCCGCGGCCGCGGGCGCGGGCGCCGCCGGCAGCAGCGGCAAGGCCGC